AUGUCUGUUAAUUCUAUUGAUAUUAAUCCGGAAAACGAAUUUAUUUUAUUACCAUUUGAGCAAUUUUUUUUUAGUCGAAAUAAAGUUGGGUUUGCAUUAGAAUGUGGUAAUGGAUAUCCAGCAAAUCAUAUAAUUAAUAAAACGCAUUUCUCUUCUUCUGGAAGAUUAUAUCUUUCUAAUCAGAGGAUUAUUUAUUUUCCGUCUCAUAUUACAUCUAGUUUUAAAAAUUUUGUAUGUCCUCUUAAUAAAUUUAAAGAUGGCAGUUUUAUCCAGCCAUGGUUUUCUCCCAAUUAUUAUCAAGCUACUGUGUAUCCUGUAUUGCAAGGCGGUCUUCCAUCUGUUGCUUUAGUUGUAAAAUUUAUUUUUAAAGAAGGAGGAGGAUUUGAUUUUGCAACAAAGUUUUCUGAUGUUCAAUCUAGACUUCAUGAAAAUAAUAAUGAUCCAUACUGUGUUCAGCAUCUGGAGGAACUUCCUGCAUAUCGGCUCCAUGAUAGUUUUUUUCAGUCUAAUACUUCUCAGAUUAUUACAAAUGAUAUAAUUAGUUCUUCUGAUAAUAGUAUUCGAGAUGUACCCCCUAAUUAUGAAGAUAUUAUUAAUAAGUAA